AUGGAGAUGUGCAAGGAAGACAUUAUGAAUUUGAAAGGUAUUUUCCUUCAUCACAUGAUGUACAAGUACUACUAGUACCUAAACAUGUCUUACAAGUAGUAUCACAAACUGAGCAACUAGUUCCAAUAAUAAAAUAGUGAUCUACACAAGUUUAGCAUACAGUAUUAGAUGUGCAAGUAGCACACUAAGUAGGGCAGGCUUAACAACUUGAGCCAGAUUUAUAAAACUUUGGAAGGCAAUUUGAGCAAUUACUAGAAGAACUACAAACAUCACAUCCAUUAGAACAAGCACCACAUUUAUACACUGGAAAAGAAAAAUAACCUAAAAAAGAAAUACAUAAAAGCAUUACGAUAAAAUUGUGGCUUACAAGAGUCACAUGUUACGAGAUCUGGGCAACUAAAGCAAUUAGAGGGACAAUCCAAACAGGAACCUGCGAUUUCAAGUUAUCCCGGAUCACAACUCUAAGUUACUAAAAUAUUAUUAGGUAUCUUUACAUAGACAAUUCAUUAAGAUAAGAUAGACUGUAAGCAUGUAGUCGGAUUUUAUAAACAAUAAUAUUAUAUAGAAAAAGUUGAUGAUGUAAUUAGGAUUUUAUGA